AUGGCUGUUAGACGGAAGAUGAGGCUGCAAUCGUCAACAGAUUUGACAGCAUACAGGCAACUGAACAGACAGAUCUCCAAAUGCAUGCGGCAAGACUUACGCAACUUUAAUACUGCUCGUAUUAAGGAAGUGAUCGAGCGGAACCAGGCCUCCAAAGUCUUUGCCAGAGAUCUGUGUGCCAGAAGGAGCCAACAGUUAAAGCUGAAGACUGAGUGUGGCAUCAUCAUUUCCGGGAAACCUGAGAUUUUGAGUGAGAUUGAGAGGUUCUAUGGGCAGCUGUACACAUCAUCGUUGGAGCCACACGCAAGUGUGAGUAACGAUACAAGAGCAAGUCUUACCCGACACUAUUCCGAUGAUAUCCCGGACGUCAGUCUGAGCGAGAUUAGAAUAGCUCUCCAGCACCUUAAAAACGGCAGGGCUUCAUCAGGGCAAGGAUGGAAUUACAGCGGAGCUUCUGAAAGCGGGUGGAACACCGGUACUUGA